AUGGCAUCCACUCCCUCCACCCCCGCCAGCCGCCUCCGCCGCGAGGAUGCGGCCCGCGCGGUGGCCGCACUCCUCCGGUGGCUCCAGAAGCACCCGACCCCGGCGCCGGAGCCCAUCUACCUCAUCGUCGCCCUCAAGAGCGCCCCCGCCCGGCGCUUCAAGCAUCAGCUCCGCCUCCCGCACUCCCCGUUCCCCUCCAUCUCCCUCGUCUCCGAUCGCCUCCCGGCCGACCUUCCCGACGACGUCGACCCGCUCCCUUCCUCCGCGCUCCGGUCCCUCCCCGCCACCGCGCGGCGCGGCCUGGUCCUCGUCGAUCGCCGCCUCAGGGUCCCCGGCGCCGGCGGCAGCGGCAAGCCGGCCGGCGCCAAGCGCGGCGUGACCGUGCCUGUGGACCCGUCCGACCCGGCGUGGGCGGAGUCCGCGAGGGAGGCGGCGCGGUGCGUGGAGCUGCAGGUGGAGGGCGGGACGUGCCGCGCCGUGCGCGUGGGCCACGGUGCGAUGGCGCGGGAGGAGGCCGUAGAGAACGUGGUGGCCGCGGUGGAGGCGGCCGCCGCGUGCGUGCCGAGGAAGUGGAGGAACGUGCGGGCGCUGCACAUCAAGUCCCCCGAGUCGGUCGCGCUGCCGCUCUACUCGGUGCCCGGCACGAGCAGCGGCCAGGACGUCGACGGCGACGGCAACCCAGAGGCUGCGAAGCGGGAAUUCGCGGCGGCGGCGGCAGAGGAGCAGGGGAGGGUGAAGAGGAGGAAGAAGAGUGGCGUGGAUUGUAAUUAG